UCUUUCCCAAUAGGACUGUUGCGAUUACAGCUGCUGUUUAAGUUGAAACGACCGCCGAUCAAUAAUCCCCCUCCUCUCGGUCCCCCGGCCCCUCUCCAGCCCCGCCAUCGUCAUUCUGGCUGGAUUUCGGAUUGAUAAAUAUCUAAUCCGUAGUGACCCUCACCACAUUUAUUCGUCCUCACUCACACCUCUCCCUUUCGUCACUUUUUCUGUUCGAUCCCACCCCCCACUUAACACCAUGUCCGACCAUCAAUACAAGUUCAACGUCACAAUGAGCUGCGGCGGUUGUUCCGGUGCCGUGGAACGCGUUCUGAAGAAGCUGGAUGGUGUCAAGUCCUUUAAUGUGAACCUCGAGUCCCAAACCGCCGACGUGGUGACGGCAGCGUCCGUUUCCUAUGAUACUGUGUUGGCUACGAUCAAGAAGACAGGGAAAACGAUCAACACUGGAGAGGCGGAUGGCCAGGCUAUGGCUGUCUAAGGGCGCCGCCGCCCAGGAUGGAGAGCCAUGGGGCAUCGGAGCGUGUACAUGAUGCGGAUUGGAAAGAGCGGGACCAGUAGCCUCUGGGUCCGGGCCUGAAUGCGAGAUACCCUGCUGCGUACUUGUAUAUAAGGGCUUAUUGAGAUUUUGGUGCUGUUGGGCGGCCAGGCGUUUCUUUCCCCCGCGCCAUGUGUCUUCGCGGCUGACGACAGCUUUUGCAUACCCACGCAAUAGUCUAACUAACUCAGGGCUGCGCUUAAUCAUAUGCUUGGACCAGAUAGACAAGAACGAUUGCGUAAUAAGCUAGCAUCUUGCUUGUCAGAUUCGUUGUUGACACGUGGUCGGGUAUCACCUCCGUUUGACUUAUGUACAGCAACGCAUAUGCGGACAUUUACAAGAAAUACAUCAAGGAACCCAAUACGCGUCGUCAAUCCAC